ACGGCCCAUCAACCAUGGCCGUCACACGCCAUCCGUCCAUCUACAUCUACAUCUACACCACCCAUACACCCACCUAACCACCACUUUCAACCCGAGCGGCAGACAAAGGCGUCGAGCACAGAGAUCCUUUUCUCCUUUCCCCCUUUGAUCUCUGAUUCUCCCCGCUUUCCCUUCUACCCGCCACCUCAUCGCUAUAUCUCUGUCGCCAAUCCAGACGCUUCUUUUGCUCUCUCGCUCUCUCUCUCUCUCCCCCCCCGUCUGCAUCGUCGCCGAGCUCUCCCAAACAAUCUAGGCGGCUUCGUUCCCAACGCUGACGUGGUCCUCAACGCGAUCGCUCCGCUUCGCUUGUCGCCGCCCCUGCACACGCUCAAAUACGAACCGUCUCUUGCUUUACAUCCAAGUCGCACGUACCCCGCGUCGCGCUCCGUUCUCCGUUUCGUUUGCUACAAUUGACGAUAUCUUGCAAUCGCCCACCAUAUUUUUCUAGCUUCUAAACCGUUGCUCGUUGCUUCGGUACCUCCCCCAUAAUGGCUGCCGACUCCGAUGCUGGUGGUGCCCAGCAGCCCAACGGCACGCUGACCGACACCCGCUCCGUCGCCGACGCGCCCACGACGCCCCAGGACGACGACAUUCUGGCGCUGAGUUCGUCGCAAGUGACGCUGCCCUCGACCGAAGUCCCCGCCUCCCCCAUCGACCCCAAUCAGUCCUUCAAAACCGAGGCCAACGACGACCGAAUGAGCUCCUCCGCCGUCAUCCCUUCGUCCCUGACGCCCCCGCCCUCGUCGCAGCUCGUCACCCACGCUGCCAACGGCGCUCUUCAGACCGCUUACGGCGCCGCCUCACACCGCUCCGCCCUCUUCUCCCCUCCUGCCACGGGUCUCAACACCACCGCCCGACGCGACGGCGGCCUCGGCACCGAGUACGUGCCUCCGGCGCCCCAGCAGGUGCUCGAGGCGACGGCCGACGAACUACGGGCCAUGAUGCAGGCGAGCAUCGCCGAGCACGCCAAGUUGAAGAUGGAGGCCGCGCAUCACAAGCUUCAGUACAACCUGCUCAGCCUUCAGGCCGACGAGGAUGCCAAGAGGGCCGCGGUGGAGCAGGAGAUGACCCGACGGGAGAUCGAGGCCCUCAGGACGGUCGAAUACUCACGUCACGCCGUCCGCGAACUCAGCGCCGCUUCGGAAUCGGCCCAGAUGAAGUAUCUCCAGAUGAAGAUGUGGUACGGGGAUGCCAUGGAAGAGAACGAGGCCCUCGCGCGGCGCGUCAAGAUGGCCAAGAAGGUCAUUGCACAAAAGGAGGAGGAAAUCAUUGGGCUGGCGGAGGAGCGCGACAUGCUCCUUAACCGCAUCCGGGAAAACCGGGAACACUUUCACAUGCUGUGCAGCCCGGGCGGCAUCUUCCACGGUGCCAUGACGCCCAAGCAGCAGACCAUCUCGACGCCGCAGCAGCCGCAUCGAGCCACCCCCAAGCAGACGCCCCGGUCGGUCAACCGCGACGAGGCCAGGGUGGACGGCGACCACGGGCCGGAGCCCAUUGCGGCUCUGCUGCAGGCACUCAGCCAGGAUAACAACAAUAACAACAACACUAGCGCGCCCUCGACGCCCACAACGGCGGUCAGACCCCCCGCGACCCGCAUGCCUGCAAAGCACACCCGAAACGCCCAAUCUCUGUCUUCUCUGCCGACGACGCCUGUCACGCGCGCCCAGCGUCACCACGAGCAGCAGUCGGGACUCCUGCCGUCGGUGAACCUGGUGCCCCAGAGUGAGCCUCGGCACAGGUACACGAGCGCGCAAAUGGUUCCCGGCACGCCGCCGCCGCCCGCGACACAGGACCGCGUGCAGGAGCGCGCGCGCAAGAGCCGCGAGAGCACCAUCUCGGCUGACGACAACGAGGAGCUCGCGCGGCAGGCGCUCGAGUCGGUGGCCAAGUCGGCGUCGUUCCUGUCCCAGACGUCGCGUGUACCGCGUAACGGCCGCCGCCCGCUGCCCAGCGGGUGUGGCAACGAAGAGGACGAGGAGGAGGUGUACGAGAGCCAGGCCAGCCAGGCGGCUUCGGAGAUGCUGCGUCGCGACCCGCGCGAGAGCUUCGAGGUGGCCAGCUCGGUGGGCUCGCGCGACGGAACACCGGCGCCGGCAGAGAAGAGCGCCAGGUUGCAGGCAAAGCUGUUUUCUGGCAUCACAAAGAGCGGUGCGGACAAGCGCAAAUUCGGCAACGGCCACGGCCACGGCGCGGAGCAAGAGGCACGGUCAGACUUGGUGAGCCCAGCCAAGAAGAUGCGCGUCGGCGGUCUCAUCGGUGAGAACCCGAAGGUUGGGCUUUGGAUCCAACAGGGCCACAAUUGAUUC